CAGGCUAAACUUUGAAAUAACGGUAAAUAGACCUAUAGCUAUAACGUUUUUUUUGUGGACCGAAGGAAGGGCGAGGAUGAUUACAAAAAUUGUCCGAGGAAGUUGGUAAUUAGGACAUUUAUAAGGACAUGCUGUGAUUUUUUCCUCCCAGGACGCACCUACAAUUACGGGAGCGAUGUCUAUCCGCCCACUGGAGAGAAGAGUUGGGCAAGCUGAGACGGCGCUCUGGGUGUGGCGUGGAGUCCAGAGGCGUUGCUUUUCUCCAUUCAAGUGUAGCCUAUACAAUGUUUGACGAGAGAAAACUCUUGCCGAGUCUCUCAACUUUUGCCGUUUCGAAUGUCUGUGCGUAUUUUUAGCUUGUCAGGAAGGUGUUCAAGAAGAAAACGACUACAAGACCACCAUAACUCAAGUGUCGUUACGAGAGAGUACCGUAGCCUACAGACACACGCUGCGUUUUAUGAACCUGUGCCUCAGAUUUAUUUGGAUAUUGAAAGCCUGGAAGUAUCAUGACUGAACAGGUGGAAUCGUUGCUUUGAGUUUUGCUCUUCCUUCCUCACUACUCUCCUCCUCGGUCUCAGACAUGCGGCGCUUCAGCUCAGAGGGCUCUCUCUUGGACCUGGAUGCGUUGCCGUGGCGACGGGUCGCGCUGAAGAGGGCCGAGCAGGAACAGGAGGGCUAUGACGUAGGCAGCUACACCCCGCACCUGGAGGAACCCGAGAGCCUGCCAGUGCCGCCUGCCCCAGUUAUGAGCAAGGCAAGAGGAGGGUGGGGGGGUGGCCGAGAGCUGGUGAAGGAGCACAGCAUGAGCGUGGAGAACAUCACUGAGCUGGACAAGGCGGCCAGUGACCUGCAAUCUCCCCUGAACGAGAGCUACCGUGCCUACAGCGACGGCCAGCUGGCACAAGACCCCGGGGGCAGCAGGGCAGUGGGCAUCGAUACCCGCCAUCCCCAUCUAGCGCCAAGUGCCACCCGCUCUCGACCAUGAGCCCACCCGCACUAUGCCAGGGCACGCCUCACCGCAGCCAAACUCCACCUCAAGACCCUCUUCUCCUCGUCCCAGAGCCCAACCUCCUCACACUCCAACCUGGCAGCCACCGAACAGAAGAAUAGCGCCACCAGUACCAAGGAGAGGCGUUCACGUUUGCCCUUCCUGAAGCAGUGGAGUCAAGUGGGCCACUCCAAGGGCCGAUUCAGCCGCGAGGAACUGGAGUCCUGGUCUCGGUCGCUUAGCAACCUGCUGUCCAGCCGCACGGGUCUGUCUGUGUUCGGGGCGUUCCUGCGCUCAGAGUUCAGCGAGGAGAACCUGCAGUUCUACCUGGCGUGCGAGCAGUACCGUCACAGCUCCAACAACUUCAGCCUGCAGCGCCGGGCCCGGGACAUCAGUGCCACCUACAUCCAGCCAGGGGCACCCAGAGAGGUCAAUCUGGACAGUAAGACUCGCGAGCUGACUCUUGAGCUACUUCAGGCGCCCUCCCACACUUCGCUGUCCAUGGCCCAAAAGCGCAUCUACUCCCUGCUGGACACAGACUGCUACCCACGCUUCCUACAGUCACAGCUCUACUCAUCACUGCUGCAGGAUGCUGACUAACUCUCUGUGUGUGUGUGUGAGAGAGAGAGUGUGAGAGAGAGAGAGAGAGAGAGAGAGAGAGAGAGAGAGAGAGAG